AGUUCCUUUGUGUUUAUUUACAGUUAAUGUGUUAAGAGCCAUUGACAUUUGAAGAUCAUCAGAAGUGAAGAUAAAACAUCUCAAAAAUUAUAAUUGCUUCCACUUCUCAUUCAGAGAAUUCAGUGCAUACAAAAUCAGCCUCCGUUGUAUCAUCGGAUUCCAUUUCGACUUCUGCAGAGAACUUUUCUCCUGACUUGAGGCCAAAGAUGUAACUUACAUAUGUCCAUUCACUGGUGCUGUCCGAGGAACUCUGACUGUUACGAAUUACAGGUUAUAUUUCAAAAGCAUGGAACGGGAUCCCCCAUUUGUUUUAGAUGCUUCUCUUGGUGUUAUAAGCAGAGUAGAAAAAAUUGGUGGUGCUUCUAGUCGAGGUGAAAAUUCUUACGGACUAGAAACUGUAUGCAAGGAUAUUCGGAAUUUACGGUUUGCUCAUAAACCUGAGGGGCGAACAAGAAGAUCUAUAUUUGAGAAUCUAAUGAAAUAUGCAUUCCCUGUCUCUAAUAACCUGCCUCUUUUUGCUUUUGAGUACAAAGAAGUAUUCCCUGAAAAUGGAUGGAAGCUCUAUGACUCUCUUUUAGAGUACAGAAGGCAGGGAAUUCCAAAUGAAAGCUGGAGGAUAACAAAGAUAAAUGAACGCUAUGAGCUUUGUGAUACGUACCCUGCCCUCUUGGUUGUGCCGGCCAAUAUUCCUGAUGAAGAAUUAAAGAGAGUGGCAUCCUUCAGAUCGAGGGGCCGUAUCCCAGUUUUAUCAUGGAUUCAUCCUGAAAGUCAAGCCACGAUCACGCGGUGUAGCCAGCCCAUGGUAGGGGUGAGUGGGAAGAGGAGCAAAGAAGAUGAAAAAUACCUUCAAGCCAUUAUGGACUCCAAUGCCCAAUCUCAUAAAAUCCUUAUAUUCGACGCCCGGCCAAGUGUUAAUGCUGUUGCCAAUAAGGCAAAAGGGGGAGGUUAUGAAAGUGAAGAUGCCUAUCAAAAUGCAGAACUAGUUUUUCUAGAUAUCCACAAUAUUCAUGUUAUGAGAGAGUCACUGCGAAAGCUUAAGGAGAUCGUGUACCCCAACAUCGAGGAGGCCCACUGGCUGUCCAACUUGGAGUCUACUCACUGGCUAGAACAUAUUAAGCUUAUUCUUGCAGGGGCUCUUCGGAUUGCUGACAAGGUGGAGUCAGGAAAGACGUCAGUGGUCGUACACUGCAGCGAUGGCUGGGACCGCACGGCUCAGCUCACCUCCCUGGCCAUGCUCAUGCUGGAUGGGUACUAUCGAACCAUCCGGGGCUUUGAAGUCCUUGUGGAAAAAGAAUGGCUCAGCUUUGGACAUCGGUUUCAGCUUAGACUUGGCCAUGGAGAUAAGAACCAUGCAGAUGCAGACAGGUCGCCUGUUUUUCUUCAGUUUAUUGACUGUGUGUGGCAAAUGACAAGACAGUUUCCUACAGCAUUUGAAUUCAAUGAAUACUUUCUCAUUACCAUUUUGGACCACCUAUAUAGCUGUUUAUUCGGAACAUUCCUCUGUAACAGUGAGCAGCAGAGAGGAAAAGAGAAUCUUCCUAAAAGGACUGUAUCACUGUGGUCUUACAUAAAUAGCCAGCUGGAAGACUUCACUAAUCCUCUCUAUGGGAGCUAUUCCAAUCAUGUCCUUUACCCAGUAGCCAGCAUGCGCCACCUGGAGCUCUGGGUGGGGUAUUACGUAAGGUGGAACCCACGGAUGAAGCCACAGGAGCCCAUUCACAACAGAUAUAAAGAACUUCUUGCUAAACGAGCAGAGCUUCAGAAAAAGGUAGAGGAACUACAGAGAGAGAUUUCCAACCGAUCAACCUCAUCCUCAGAGAGAGCCAGUUCUCCUGCACAGUGCGUCACUCCUGUACAAACUGUCGUGUGACAGGUCUGCUAGAUGGGGGCCGCCAGUCAUCGCCACGAACUCCUGAUUACCAUGGCAGCUUUAUGAGUGGAAGGUCUUCUGAAUAUAGAACCCAUCUGUGAGAGAAAUUCAGUCACUUUAUUUAUUUUAAAUAAGUCUCUCUAGGAUGAGUUUAGAACUGUAGCAGUGCCGGUGGCUUAAGUGAAAUACCCCACAUGUAAUUACGUGAUUAUGACACUAAUCUUUUAAAUCACCCAAAGAAUAUUAAAGUGCUUCAGUCCUGGAUCCACAGGAGGCACCAGUUGCUGAUUUUUAAGAGGAAAAUGCUGUCUCAGAAAUUUUGGUGUCUGGUAGAAUCAAAACACAGGUGAUUUCAGAAAUAAACCUGAUGGAAGAGCACUCACCGUGGCACAGAGGGAGGAGCCCAAACCAAUCCUGAAGUCCGUGCCGUUACCCACACCGGGCCCCAGCGCGAUGAUCGAAGAGAAUCCUGAUGCUCCUUCCCCCAUAGUGGGUUUUUCUUUCUGGUAGUAAUUUACUUUGAUCACCGUUAAAAACCCACAUUCUUCAUAUGUAGUAGGGCAAAGUCUUGAGGAUCUUAUGGUGUAGAAGUAGUUGAAAAUUAUUGCUGUCGUUAUUUAUGUACUUAAUUUAAGACGUAUGACAUAGCUGUUCCAAAAUGACGCCUCACAGAUGUGCUUGGGAGCGGGAUGGAGGAGGAGGUGGUCGCCGUCCAGGAUUUCAAAGAAGUCCACGUCCUUCAGAUUAGUUUCCAUUUGCACAGUUACUAGAAACAUCAUGAAACAUAUUUUAAGAACUAUCUACCCUACUUCACGUACUUUUUUUGGGGUGAGUUUUGAGGCAGUAUUUAAAAGCUUAUUUUUCCUGAAGUCUGUAUAGUGAGACGUACUAUGCUCAGAUUUGACACGAAAUAUCUUACUACUACUUUCCUUUGCAAAUUCUGUAAUUCCACUGAAUGAUUAAGCCUACCAAAGAACUUACUGCAUGUAAACAUGUGUUACAGUCUCAAUGCCAGUAAGGGAAAUCCUGCUUCACUUUCUGCCUGCUACAGUAAGAACUCAGUGCUGGUGUGAACACUUGACCCCCUGUCUGUUUUCUCUGUGUGAGAGCCGUACGUUAUGUACUGUAACACAAAGGAGCUUCUUGUCCCUUGGGUCUUUAAUUAAAAGAAAAUUUCAGCUGACUUUUAAACCCUG